UUUUGUCUCUUUGUUGCAGGUUAAAGUUGAGAAACAGGAAAGUGCUUUUGAUGACAGUUGGAUUGGAGCUGCACGUAGUGAUACGGCUACUCAGCAGAUCAAGAUCGAGAAGCAGGAGGAUGUAUUUGGAGAAUGUGAAUUUGCAACUAGCAACGUCAUAGAUGAGUCAUCCUCGCACAAUGGUUCAACUUCCAAUCAGAUGACGAGAGUUAAGCAGGAGAAUGAUAGCAGCCAAGAACCAGCGCCAGAGUGCAGCACUGCAUGCUCUCCAACUGAUGAUGAUUUCAGCCAACAACAUUAUCUAAUCCCGGGCUAUAAUCUAAUAUUCAUCAAAGAGGAAGAAUAUGUUGAGCAAGAGGCAGAAGGAUGUUCAGUGGAGAGUGACCCGGAGAUGUGGCCUUCAAACUGCAGCACAUCUGAAACUGCCAAUGCAACAGAAGUGGGUGGACUGAAUGCACAUUCAAUCUCUCCCAUGGAAGAGUGCACUGAGCCAUCUGUGGCUGGCAAAAAGAUCAAGCUCUACAGCUGUGCUGACUGCAGCUAUAAAACUCCAUCGAUCACUCAUUGGAAGAGACACAUGAGAAAACACACUGGGGAAAAGCAUUUCAGCUGUGAGUAUUGCGGCUAUAAAUGUACUCAAUCUGGUAAUUUGGAGAGACAUAUCAGAACACAUACAGGAGAAAGACCUUUCAGCUGCGAGUAUUGUGACUAUAAAUGUGCUGAAUCUGGUAAUUUGGAGAGACAUAUCAGAACACAUACAGGAGAAAGACCUUUCAGCUGCAAGUAUUGUGACUAUAAAUGUGCUCAAUCAAGUGAUUUGAAAAAACAUGUCAGAACACAUACAGGAGAAAGACCUUUCAGCUGCAAGUAUUGUGACUAUAAAUGUGUUCGAUCUGUUACUUUGAAAUCACAUAUCAGAACUCAUACAGGAGAAAGACCUUUUAGCUGCGAGUAUUGUGACUAUAAAUGUGCUCUAUCAAGUAAUUUGAAGAAACAUAUCAAAACUCAUACAGGAGAAUGACCUUUCAGUUGUGAGUUAUGUGAUUAUAAAUGUGCUCAAUCUGGUACUUUGAAGGAACAUAUCAGAACACAUACAGGUGAAACACCUUUCAGCUGCAAGUAUUGUGACUAUAAAUGUGCUGUAUCAAGUAAUUUGAAAAGACAUAUAAGAACACAUAAUAAAUGAGAAUCAACUACUAGCUGAAAAUUUGUGACUUUACGUGUGCUCAUUCAAAUUCAUUUUACUGUGUUUCCUAGUAAGGUGAUCACUAAUAACAGGACAAGUGUAUUGAACAUGUGUGUACACACAAAUGUCGUCCAUAUUGUCGUUUCAUCACAGCUAAAGGCUACAAACAACAUUUGUUGAGGUUCUGAGUAAGUAUCGGCUCACACCUCCCCCUCCUUUAUUUAUAUUGCCAGAGUCGCCCUGGGCUGGCGUCUGUGGAGGGGCGGAGUGGGGGAUGCUGCUCACAGUGUGGUGUGUGCCGGCGGGUGGUUGGGGACGGCUGGGCUCCUCGCGGUGUUGGGUGUCCUCCACAUACACCACGGUUGUCAUCUCACAACACUGAAAUUCUCUCCUUUCUAAGAGGUGAUAGGCCAUGCUUUGGCACUACCUGGAGGGAGGGGAGCCGCUAGGAGUGGUGGGAGAGUAGUGGCAGUCAUCACCGUCGUUGUAGUGCAUGGCAACAGGUCAAAACUUGUCAGAAAUGGUCUCCUAGUGUCUUCCAGACGAGCCUUUGUCACUGACUCCGGUCUGCCUCCAGAUCAAGUGGUGUUCGGUUCGUCCUCUUAGUGACCCCUACCGGUCACCAAAGGUCACCUGACCUGUUUUUUUUUAGAUAAAUGAAAAUUUAAACUCAAAUAGUGCAGCUAAGAAAAAUAAACAACAUAAAUUUGGAGAUGCAAAAGCCUAACCUCAACAAAUCUUGCUAGAAGCCUUUUGCUGUGAUGACACAACAAUCUAUGACAAUAUGUUUAUCAUGCAUGUCUCACCGUUGGUGGCCAUCCUUAUGAAAUCAACCUCGCACUUUCCAUUACCUACUCACAAGCAUUACCUGCUCACAUGGUCAUCAUCCACAAUAAAAUUAUCAAGUCAUUUGAUAAAAUA